AUUCAACACAGGCUGUUGCAGCAUUAGCAGGCGAAGAAUAUGUUUGACGACCUCCAGCGGUCUAACACCCAACGGAAAGGCUUCGAAGAGCUCAUUCACCUUUGCGCCGACUGCGACAAUUUCCCCGUCCCAACCGUUGAGAGUAUCAAAUAGAAAUUCGGAAUACAUCGUGACGUGAGUGAGGACAUCGAAGAAGCUGCCGAAGCGUACAAUCUUGCUGUCUGUCGUACUAUCGGUCUGGCUAUGCACAAGAAAUUACCACGAGAACUCCGCGACAUGGUCUACGCGUACCUGACCACACUUGAACUAGAAUUGUCAGACAAACCUGAUCUCCACUCGCGAAAAGAAUUUAGUCAACGAGUCCAACAACCAAAGUGCAUGGAAGGCCUUGCCAAACCGCCGAGAUAUACUACAUACUUUGCCUUGCAGCCUCACUCGAAGAAUGAUGGGCUUUGCUCAGAGUACUAUUGGCGAGACGAUGUCGUCAGCUCCAAAGUGGCUUCUGAGCCUAUCGAAUCCUGGUACCGGAACAGCACGUUCUACAUGAACUACACAAUAAUGGAUCAAGCAGAGUCCGAUAAAUGAUUCAAAAAGCUGUUUAACAAAGAUCUUUUUGGUA